AUGACCUACGCUGCGGUCCUUCGCAAGAAGUACCCCUUCAUCGCGCCGUCGAUGAACGUCGACCACCUGGUCGUCGGCGGCGGCGUUGUCGGCCUUGCUGUCGCUGCCGGACUUGUCAACACGGCCGGCGCGAACCGGACAACCUUUGUCGUCGAGCGUCGAAAGCUGCUUGGACAGGAGACUACUGCUCGCAACUCUGAAGUCAUCCACUCUGGCAUCUACUACCCCGUGGGCAGCCUCAAGUCUGAGCUGUGCAUUCGCGGCCGCGACCUGCUGUACGACCGCUGCAAGGUGUUUGGUAUUGGCUACAGCAAGACUGAGAAGCUCAUUGUCGCUACGGACAAGUACCAAAUCCCCUACCUUGACGACUUGCAGACGCACACCCAGCACCCCUCAUUCCUGCGGGGCAUGGACACUGGCUCGUCCAUGGACAACAACUCGGUCAUCCCUGCCUACUUUCUCAACGGCGACGACGCCCGCGACAUGGAGCCCGACCUCUCGCCAGACGUGUGCGCGGCUCUCCUCGUUACAGACACGGGUAUCGUCGACUCGGCCGCCCUCGUCGAGUCGCUGUCCCGCGAGAUUGAAGAGUCCGAUUACCUUACCUCGGCUGGCGACGACGGCAUACGCAACGGUGUGGGACUCAAGACACACGACUUUGACCGCGGCGAAGGUGUGGUCGUCCCGGGUACCCGUGUUGUGCGCAUCGACAGGGAGGAGAACGGCGCGGGCUGGGUCGUGCAGCUCGAGUCCAACUGGGAGGGCAAGGGCGAGGGGGAGACGGGCGAUGUCGAGGCUAUCCGUGCGGACGUGGUCGUCAACGCCGCUGGCCUGAACUCGGCGAGCCUCGUCGAGCAGCUUCUGCCUGAGUCCCAGCGACCCGGCAUCUGGAUCUCGAAGGGCAACUACAUGAAGUACAGCGGUCCUGGUGUCGAGAACAUCCAGCGUCUCAUCUAUCCUUGCCCAAGCAAGAGCCUCGACUCGUUGGGCACGCACCUCUCUGCGGCCAACCCCGACUACUGGCAGGACCAUCUCGCCCCAUCGGACGCACAGCUCGAGUCCAUCGGCCGUUCAGCUCAGCUCUACCUUCCCGGCGUGGACCCCACACGCCUGACUCCCGACUACGCAGGCUUCAGGCCCAACAUUGUCCCACCAGGCUCGGGAUUCUUCGACUUUGUGAUUCGGCACGAGCCGGAGCGUCGGGGCCUUAUUGACAUGCUGGGCUUUGCGAGCCCUGGUCUGACGAGUUCGCUCGCGGCGGGCGAGCGGGUGGCGAGGAUGGUGCGGCGCGAGGUGUGGGACGGCAACAGCGUCGAGGCCAGGGCUGAGGGAUGGGAGCUGUGA